CUUUGGAAAAGAUAACUGUCACAAUUUUUAUUGAAGAAACUCUCGGCACCAUAUUCUAGGAAAAUAGUAAAUUUUCUGCGAUCAUCGUCAUCAAUACCUUCACUUAUAUAAUUUCUAAACUUUCUUUUUUCUCAUCCAUCUAGGUAACCUAUUAGGUUUCGCCGCAGGCAUAGGAUUCGCAUGGAGUUCUCCAGUUCUACCAAAACUCAAAGAGGCCGACAGCCCUCUAAGCAGCCCCAUCGACGCUUCUCAAGAAAGUAUCAUAGCCGCCAUUUUGUGCGUUGGCGCAGCGAUAGGACCCUUUCUUUAUGGCUAUUUGGCUGACAAAAUCGGCAGAAAAAAAACGUUGAUCGCCAUCGCUAUGCCUAUGGUUAUCGGCAUCACUAUUUUAGCAUUUGCAAGUGAAGUGAAACUUUAUUAUCUUGGAAGAUUACUUUACGGUAUUGGCAAUGGUGGCGUGUUCACAGUACUAACCAUGUACACUGGUGAAAUCACAGCAGAACACAACCGAGGAAAAUUCAGCUGCAUUCUGGGUAUUUUCGUAGCCCUUGGUGUACUCUAUCCCUUCUCUAUAGGCACCAUGCUUUCCAUAAAAGUAUUUUGUCUGUCUUGUUUAGUCCCACUAACACUUUUUAUAGUGCUAUUUACUAUUUUCGCACCAGACAGUCCAACUUAUUUAGUCAGGAAAGGUUUAUAUAAUGAAGCUGAAGUAGCUCUGCAUAAUUUACGCAAUAUAGCCAGAGACCAGGCUAAAAAGGAAGUAGAAGAGCUGCAAAGAAUUGAAGAACGACAAGGCAGAGAAAAAGGUGGAGUUGUUGUCCUAUUUAGAGGUAAAGGUACACGUAAGGGUUUUAUGGUAGCUGCAGGCUUAUUAAUACUGCAACAAUUCUCCGGUAUCAAUGCCGUGAUUGGGUUUAUGGAAGGCAUAUUUAGAGCAAGUGGAAGUAGUGUACCUACUCAAAUGGCUACAACAUUUGUAGGCUCCAUUCAAGUCGUCACUGUAUUCUUAACAGCAUCAAUCAUCGAGAAGCUUGGAAGGAAAUUCCUACUUUUAAUAUCAACCAUUGGAUCAGCUGUAUCAAUUAUUCUACUAGGCUUAUACUUCUUUUUGCAAAAACUACAAUUUGCUAUGCUAGCAUAUUUCUGGUGGUUUCCUAUCACAUGUCUCAUACUCUAUAUGAUUAGUUUCAAUUUGGGACUUGGUCCAGUGCCAUGGACAAUACUCAGUGAAAUAUUUCCUGAUAAUGUGAAAUCGAGUGCAUUGGCUUUGGCGUCAGGCACAUGCUUUGGAGUGUCGUUUGUUGUUACGAUGGCUUUUCCAAUUAUUAGUGAAAUGUUGGGUAUGGCCCAAUCGUUUUGGUUGUUUGGCGUUUGCUGCGUUAUUGGGAUUGUGUUUAUCCAGUUUGUCGUACCUGAAACUAAGGGAAAGAAGGUGGCGGAAAUUCAAGAAAUGCUUAGUAGAUAA